UGCUCCCUUUUUUCUCUUUGUGCUACAGAACAUGGCUCCUGCAGAUCUAUGGUUGGGGGUCCUGCUCAUUCUUGCCUCAGUGCAGGGAACAGCAUCUUCUUACUAUGAUGGGGUUGAAGAACUGGAUAACAACCUUAUUCUGAGCUGCACAAAAGAAGCAAAGCAUCUGGUUGAUACAGCUUAUAAAAACACCCGUUUAAUGCUAAAGGAUCGCUUGAGGAGAAGGACUGUGAGUGCAUCUGACCUUAUGGCAUAUUUCAAGCAGCCAGUGGCUGGGAGCAGAAAUGCCAUCAGAGCCGCAGAUUAUAUGGGCACCACCCUACAGCUCUUAUCCCACAAGCUAAAGCCAUUCCACCACCGACCUUUUAAUAUCACAGAUUUGCUGACAGAGACCCAAAUAGACGCUAUUUAUAAGCUGACUGGCUGUGCCUACCAACAUCUUCCCAGCGCUUGCCAGGAGAGCCCCUAUCGCACCAUUACAGGACAGUGCAAUAACAGGAAGAACCCUAUCCUCGGUGCUUCUAAUACAGGAUUUACACGCCUGCUGCCAGCUGUAUAUGAAGAUGGCUUGUCUGUUCCACGUGGAUGGACAGAAAACUUGCCCAUCAAUGGCUUUCCUCUGCCUUUGGCACGAGCUGUGUCAAACGAGAUUGUUCGAUUCCCCAAUGAGAACCUGACACUGGAUGAAGGGAGGGCUUUAAUCUUCAUGCAAUGGGGCCAAUGGACAGAUCAUGACCUGGACCUUUCUCCUGAGACACCUGCAAGGUCAACAUUCCUAGAGGGCAUUGACUGUGACACCAACUGUGCCAAAGAGCCUCCUUGCUUUCCUCUGAAGAUUCCACCAAAUGACCCUCGAAUUAGUAAUCAGAGUGAUUGUAUACCCCUUUUCCGCUCAUCUCCAGUGUGUACCCCAGGAUCUCCUGUACGGGAGCAAAUUAAUAUACUCACCUCAUUUAUUGAUGGAAGCCAGGUGUAUGGAAGUGACUGGCCACUUGCUGUAAAGCUCCGUAACAAUACAAACCAGUUGGGCUUGAUGGCCAUAAAUCAGAGGUUUACAGAUAAUGGACUUCCUUUCUUGCCCUUUGAAACAGCCGAGGAAGACUUUUGUGUGCUGACAAACAGAUCGUCUGGUAUCCCUUGCUUCCUGGGAGGAGACCCCCGUGUUAGUGAACAACCUGGUCUUACUGCUUUCCACACACUUUUUGUGCGAGCUCAUAACAACAUAGCAGCGCGUUUACGUGAAUUGAACCCAAGAUGGUCUGGGGAAACACUUUAUCAGGAAGCUCGCAAGAUUAUUGGUGGAAUUUUGCAGAAAAUCACAUACAAAGACUGGUUGCCUCUUCUGCUUGGCUCAGAGAUGGCUGCUGUUCUUCCUGCUUAUAGAUCCUAUAAUGAGUCUGUGGAUCCAAGAGUGUCCAAUGUUUUUACCGUUGUCUUCCGGAUGGGACACACUUUAAUACAGCCAUUUAUCUACCGACUAGCUGAUGGCUAUCGUCCCUUGGGACCAGAACCUCAAAUUCCUCUACACAAGACUUUCUUUAACAGCUGGAGGGUGGUGAGAGAAGGUGGGAUUGAUCCCCUGCUCCGUGGCCUUAUGGCAAAUCGAGCCAAACUAAAUCGUCAGAACCAGUUGGUGGUUGAUGAGCUGAGAGAACGUCUUUUCGUACUUUUCAAACGCAUUGGUCUUGACCUCACAGCUAUUAAUAUGCAAAGAGGCCGGGAACAUGGGCUGCCAGGAUACAAUGCAUGGAGACGGUUUUGUGGCCUAUCUGCUCCCAGUAAUGUGAAUGAGUUGGCUGCAGUGCUCAAUAACAGGAAUUUGGCUGAGAAAUUCAUUAAACUAUAUGGAAGCCCAGAAAAUAUCGAUAUUUGGGUUGGAGGUGUUGCAGAGUCUCUGGUGCGCAAUGGACGCAUUGGGAAGUUGCUGACAUGUCUCAUUGGGAACCAGUUCCGCAGGGCUCGAGAUGGAGACCGGUUUUACUAUGAGCAGCCUUCAGUGUUUACCAACGAGCAGAGGGCUUCAAUAGAAAGAGUAACCUUGGCCAGAGUCAUCUGUGAUAACACCAAGAUUACUGAGGUGCCCCGUAACGUAUUUCUGGGGAACCGAUACCCAAGAGAUUUUGUGGCAUGUUCUAGAAUCCCCACACUGGAUUUAAAUCCUUGGAAAGUGGCUUAACCAUAAGAAGGUAAGGUGUGAACAAACUGAUUCAUAAAUGUGCUCCAGAUGAUCUUGAAAUUUGGUUUGGAUGGGAAUUUGAGAAUAGCUAAGGGCAGACACGUGGCCUGUAGAUAGCAUAAACUCUACUUAAAAAAUUAUAAUCCCAGUUUUUCUAUUACUAGUUCAUUUUACUCAAUAUGUAUGCAGGUUUAAAAUAAAGGUUUAUAAGAAACGCACAAUGAAGGAAAUUAUUACGUGUUACAUAUAUUGUUAUACAUAUUUCUAUUUGUUUUCAGGGAACCAGGAAAUAGCUCUGCUGAUGCCUUGAAUCCUUUGGCUGAUACAUUUCCCAUAUUCAGGAAUCUUAAUUAUUACUAAAUCAGCUUUUUGUGUUUUUUUUGAAUUACUGUAACAAAAUGUACUCAUAUGUUGAAGAAAUCAAAUAGAUUCUAUAUAGAGAUAUUGAGCUGCUCACAGCAUACUGUAUGAUCUUCUUGUUUAGCUUGGAAGUAGGUACUCUUCUGUUCCAGACACCCCAAAUAGGGGGAGAAUAAACUUUAUAAUGCUAAAUGGA